AUGAACCGGUCUCCGACUUUCGCUGAGCGAUACUACAUUCUUAGAGGAGAACAUGGCUAUUACACGAACUUCAACGUUUCAGCAAGGUACAACCGCCCAAUUCUGAGAAUCAACCUCUCAAAUGCAUUACAUAACUUAAUUAAGAAGUAUCCAUGCUUUGCUGUAAGUUUCUUCCGCGUAAACGACAAAGAUUUAGAGCAAGAUGGUAACAAUUUUUUAAUGAAACCUCUCCAACUGGUAAAAUUUGAUGACGUUGCAACAUUUCGUAAGAUUUCCAAGUUUGAUGAAACUACGUUAGAGUAUUUAGAUCAAUUUGUAAUUAAACAAGACAUAGAAAACAGCCCUCUUUGGAGAGUUAUCGUGCUUGAAGUAGAGGAUACUGGAAAGCAAUAUGUGACAUUUUACUGUGACCAUACAAUUUUUGACGGGAAUUGUGGAGGAAUAUUCCAUGAUAAGCUUUUGCUUGCGUUGCAUGAAGUAGAAUCGUAUCAAAGUGAGUUGCAAUUCGUUGAAAAACUUCAUACUUUAGAUGAUUCUUUUGAAGUUCCGCAAGUCAAUGAAGCAGGAUUUGCCUUGUAUAAUUCUUCAGUACUGUUUGCUUUAUACGAAAUAAUCAGUAGACUCUUCGUACCUACGUGGGCAAAGAAUUAUUUCUCUUCUAUUUAUCAGAAAUGGUACCCUGAUAAAUUUUACAUUGAUGGUUCAGUAAAUCCUAUGUAUAGAUAUAAGCCAACAAGGAAAAGUACGCCAACCAAGUUUAAGCUUCUAAACUUCACACCCGCUGAAGUACGUGGUAUGCUUUCAAGAUGUAAACAAAACGGUCUCACAUUGACUCCGUAUGUCAUUGUUGUUGCAUUGCAAUGCCUACAAGAAACCAUUAUGAAAAGAACCUCACAAGAAAUUGCAACAUCUUCUAAUUCUGUUCCAAUUGAACACUCUUCUGAAACGGUCAUUGACAUUAACAAUCGUAGAUUCUUACCCGAAGCUCAUUCAGAUGAGUUUGGUCUCAUAGUUUCCCCCAUGGAAAUUUCUUUACCUCCAUUCAAAAAGUUCAGCAAGUUGGAUGACUUAAUCCCCACUAUGGAAUACGUUGGAAAUGUAAUGAAAAAUAAAAUAGAAGCAAAUUAUGGAUCUAAAAUAAUCGGUCUUCUCAAGUAUAUCAAAGUUGGGGAUUACUUAGAGGACAAAUUAGAUCAAUUAUCAGCGAGACUGACAUUAGAUGUUUCAAACUUGGGCAAUAAGAGUUACAAUCAUGGAUCUUGGGAGGCUGAAGAACUUAUAUUCUCUCAAUCUCAAGGUGUUGAAACUCAUUUUGGUAUCUCGUUGGUAAGCACCCUGAAACUGGGUUUAAAUAUUGUUUUUGGAUACUUAGAAGAAUAUACCGAAUUUCAAGAUGAAAUAGAACUCUUCAUUAAAUUAUUCAAGCAAAGGCUCUUAAAUGAAGAUCCUUGA